UGCCUUCCUCCUUUCAUUGCACCACCAACCAGAUUGCUUCCUCCUUCGAGCAGAUUGCAGUUGAACCCGUCUUCGUCCAAUCGCCUUCUUCCGCCUCCCUCCGACAUGUCCACACCGCCCAAAUUUGUCGCAUUCACUCUCCCUCGCAGAAUUGUCGUCCUGUCGACUGUAUCUCGCCUUCAUAACGGCUCCACCUGCCUUCACUUUCGCCCACACCAUCACGCCCCCUCCCGACGGCAACUCAUGCCACGUACACUCCAGUCCUUCGUCUGUGUGUGUCUGUGUUGUGUGUGUGUGUUGUGUGUGUGCAUUGGCAUACUCGUUCGCAUGUGGAGAUUGGUGACCUGGGCCAGCAAGACUUGGCGACCUGCAGAACGAAACCGCUUCGGCAGCAACACUGCUGCAGCUACUACACCGUUGCCAUGGCGACUCGGGAAGUAG